UAUUAGAAGUGAUAGAUCCUAAUUUUUGCUAAGACUUAAGGUUUUGUCAUUUCUGCUUCAUGUGUGAACUGCAAGCAUUUGCUUUCACUCACAGAGAGGCUAAUCGUGAGGGGAAAACGUGAAAUACAUUUAAUUCAACCUCUACUUAUCAACAUGGAGUUUCCCUGCCCACCGAACUUCGUAGUACAUGAUGUUCCCUCAGAAGAGUUAACUGUGUAUCCCAUUUUCCUCUCUGGGACUUUUGAUGACUUUGCAAACUAGUCAGCACAAAGGCAUCCGGAGUCACGCUGGCAUGUUGUGACAGAAUCACACAAUUACAUGAGGUUCGCCCCAUUCUGAAAAUGCCCGAACAGCGAACAGCAGAGGCAAACGGAAACAAAACAUCAGAGCCAGCACAGCCUGAGUGAGACCUGAAACUCAGACUCCUCGUCCGGGGGCAAGUUUCCUGCUGUGGUGUAGAAUAUAGGUGGCAGAUUAAAAAAAAAAAAAAAAAAAUGACAGCCAGACUUCUAAGAACAGCCCUUCCUUUGCUCUUCUUCGCCCUCUUUGGGGUCCUGGAGGCGACAACAAUAUCGUGCAGAAAUGAAGAAGGCAAAGCCGUGGAUUGGUUUGCCUUUUAUAAGUUACCUAAAAGGCAAGACAAGGAAAGCAGACAGACGGGGUUAGAGUACCUAUACCUAGACUCUACAACCAGGAGCUGGAGGAGGAGUAAGCAACUAAUGAAUACCACCAACAGUGUGUUGGGAAGGACAUUACAACAGCUAUAUGAAGCAUAUGCCUCUGAGAAUAACAACACAGCCUAUCUAAUAUACAAUGAUGGAGUCCCUACAUCUGUGAAUUACAGCAGAAAGUAUGGACACACUAAAGGUUUACUGCUGUGGAACCGAGUGCAGGGAUUUUGGCUGAUUCAUUCUAUCCCCAGAUUUCCUCCAGCUCCUGAAGAAGGCUAUGAUUACCCACCCACAGGGAGGAGACAUGGACAAUCUGGCAUCUGCAUAACUUUUAAGUACAACCAGUUUGAAGCACUAGAUUCUCAGCUCUUGGUCUGUAACCCAAACAUUUAUAGCUGUUCCAUCCCAGCCAUCUUUCACCAGGAGCUCAUUCAUAUGCCCCAGCUGUGCUCCAGAUCCAGCUCAUCAGAGAUCCCUGACCGGCACCUCACUGCACUUCAGUCAGCCCGGGGCCAAAAAUUCCUCCAUUUUGCAAAGUCUGGUUCUUUUCUUGACGACAUCUUUGCAGCCUGGAUGGCUCAACGGUUGAAGACGCAUUUGCUAACAGAAACCUGGCAGCGAAAGAGCCAAGAGCUUCCUUCAAACUGCUCCCUUCCUUACCAUGUCUACAAUGUCAAAGCAAUUAAGAUAUCUGGACAUUCUUAUUUCAGUUCUUACCAAGAUCAUGCCAAAUGGUGUGUUUCCCAAAAGAAGACCAAAAAUCGCUGGACCUGCAUUGGAGACUUAAAUCGGAGCCCAUACCAAGCCUUCAGAAAUGGAGGAUUCAUUUGUACCCAGAAUCAGCAUAUUUACCAUGCAUUUCAAGGAUUGGUUUUGUACUAUGAGAACUGUAACUAAACUUGGUGAAAGGACAUAUGUACCAUUAUUUUCAGCACUGACAAUGGGUCUUCUUCCAUUAGAUCCAUUCUUUAUAUACUAAAAGCCUGUGAGUAUACUUAUAGUCACAAAUCAUCAAAUAAAAUGCUUUUCUACCGUG